CGACGAUAGAAUCCCAGUUACAAUAACAGCGAAGCCACGCCGUCUCAGAAGCUGCCUAUUUCCGAGAACGAUAAUGUUGCACAACGGGACGUGGGCGGCGAACAAAGAAACUCAGUGAAAUCGAAGAUCCAGGAUUAACUGGCGAUUAAUGUACAUCACCACUUGGAAUUAAUGGAGCGCGGCCAACGAAAGGGGGGUACGCGAUGACACGUCGCCAGCCGAAGACGGAGGCUCCUUGAGCCUGGAUUAGACUGCCGCUUAAAAGCCGAGUACACUCUCGUCUCCUGAACCAAGAUCGAUCGAAUCAUCGGCGCACCUCGAAGGGGAACUGAAUUUCGCGCACAAGAAUCAGUUUCGCGCGGCACGCGCGGAAGAGGAAGAGAGAGAAAGCUAUACUCCAAUCACGCGCGCUGCUCACAAAUCCGCGCAGGUGUCGGGGCAUCACGAUCCUACAUGAUAGCGGAUCGACGGAGGAGGAGGAAGAAAAGGAAAAUCGUGGAAAAGAAAACAGCUAGUUCGCCCUUAAUUCCGAAUGAUCAAAGACUCGCCCGCUGCUGAGGACAGAUUUAUUCUGUGUCGCGCGGAUAUUUGAGAAGCUGGUUGUCGCGACGCCGAGGUUCCGUAAGCGAUGUGUUUCCCGGUGAAUUAAAGCGGCGUACCUCAGGCAACCAGUCGUUUCGGGACAAUCGAUAAUGCCGGAUCGUAAAACUCGUCGUAGAGCACACCGUGUGUCUGAUAAAUAAUGCAAUUCCGCUAUCGGGAGGGUUAGUAUCUCGGAGUGUGAAACGAACUGCUGGAUCACCCUCGGAGCUAAAAGAGAAAGAGAGGGAGAGUUGUCGGAGAGCCUCGCGUGAGUUACGACGCGGACAUCGUGGUGUGUGUGUCGACUUCAUGAAAUUGACCCGGAGUGGUUAAGCACCACGGCCGAAGAACUAGCAGCGGCCGAGGUGGAGGAGGAGCAGGAGGUUAACAGGUGCGUGUACCAUCCGCGAUAAGUGAUCGUGCGUGCUGGACGAGUGCGCGAGAAAGUGUGGAAUACUUCUUACUACGUAUUUCUCGGCAGUUUCGAUUUUCCACGGCGACAUUGCCACCGAUUGAAAUAGUGUCGAUUUCGGAUCCGGCAAAUAUUUGUCGUGCGUCGAAAUCGAGUAGUUUAACGCGGUUCGGAAACGUCGUCUCAUCACGAUUCAGAGCUCGCUCAACGCGGAAACGAAAAAAGGGACUCUCCAUAUUGACACGCGAUAUCAAACAGAGCUCGUACAAAAGGCCGGAGGAUACGUGCACCGGAACGCAUAAAUCACGCAUGCCGUACGUGCAAUUAAGAAGUGAAUCGGAGGACCGUAAUUAACGUAGUAGCUAAGGUACGAAGACGUGCAUACCCGGCAGUAAUUAAUUACUUUCAACGUGAGUUUAGAAAAGUCCCCGUUGGAUCCUCCGGGGAGUCAUUAAGUGGACUUGAAGAGUGGCACGUAACUCAUGAAUAGAAGCGUAUAGCGAGUAAAUUUCUAGGAUAGUCCUAAUUACUGGAGCGAGGAAGUUAUAUGAGCCUCGGCGCAGCUGCGAAGAAUCGUUUCACGUUUGCACGAGAGUCCUUAAAAUCGCAGAGAUAUACGAGCGAAAGAGACACGCCGACAUUCGAAGGUACUCCAGAAAGAGAAAGGCAGAAAGAGGGAGGAAGGGAAAAAGAGUCAACCUUAUUUUCGUGUUCAACUAUUCCGAGCGAAUCAGAACGAGGACGGUGCCGCUUCGUCAAACAGACGGUAAUCGUUAACCUCAUGCGUUAUAUAAAUUCGUAUGUGACGAAUCGAAUGUUCGCAAACGAGUUUCUCGCAGACUCCGAUGAUGUACCUAUGGUGAUGUCGUUUCGUAAUUUGAACACCCGAGUAUUGACGAGCGCGUAAAAAUUAGGUUCAUCAAGGUUUUCCGCGAUAGAAGUGUCACGCAACAUCGACAGAUACGAACUCGUAAACAGAGGAAACUCAGAAACGACUGUUAUCAAGACUAUUGAGCGGAAACGCUGAUAAAAACAUACAAACACACGCAACGCGCGGACAGUCACGCCGUAAAAACAAUCAUUGGCCGUCAAAGUGUGACAGUCCUUGACGGGGACGACAUUGAAGCAGCGACACGUGUAAUGUAGCUCGUAGCUCUUCCCGGCUUUUCCACAAACAAAAUGACAUAUAGAGAGUGAAAUCUCGACGAAGGAAAAUACAUCAUCUGUUUGUGUCGAAUUGUAUCUCAUAACAGAUAUUCGGUCGUGAACUCUGUGCGCCAAGCCGUUGAUUUUCGUAAUCGUCAAUAAAACAAUAAACGACCAAGGGUCGACGAUUAUUACCGCGAGGCAUGACGGACUUUAUCGAAACUGAUAUGAUGUGAUGUAUCGCGGGAACGAACGAGCGACGUUCACGAUCGGCCACGAGAGAAUGACGGUGACGUGUACGUACGCGGAUGUUGUGCUGUGUCGGGAUGCUGCAGUGAGUAACCGUCUAUAAAAGCGACGAGAGUGCGGCAACGGGAUCGUUUUCGUCGUCGUCAGCGGGAGGGUGAGAACAGAACCGCCCGACACCGCUCGCAGAGUCACCAGCAUGAAGGAUCAUCGAGGAGGAUGGUUGCGCGCCGUGCUGCCCCUGAUAACGUUCCUCUCCCAUCAGACGGAAUGCGCGGCCAAGAACGGAAGAUCGGUGGUGGAGCACCAUCCUCCGUCCUCUUAUUGGGAGCAGGGACCCUUUAGUCAGCCUUACUUCGACAACACAACAAAGAGGGAGACCACAACCACUGUCGGGCAAUCCGCUUACCUGCACUGCAGGGUGCGCAAUCUUGGCGAUCGCGCGGUCUCGUGGAUCAGACAGCGGGAUUUGCAUAUCCUCACUGUCGGCAUCCUAACGUAUACGAACGACCAGCGUUUCCAAUCGUUGCACAGCGACGGCAGCGACGAGUGGACUCUGAAGAUCAGCUCGCCGCAAGUGCGGGACAGCGGGAUCUACGAAUGUCAAGUCUCGACGGAACCCAAGAUCAGUCAGGCGUUCAACCUGAGUGUAGUGGUCUCGAAGGCAAAGAUCAACGGCAAUUCGGAGCUCUACAUCAAAAGCGGGAGCGACAUCAAUCUGACCUGCGUCGUGCUGCAAACGCCGGAGCCACCAUCCUUCAUCUAUUGGUACAAGGGCGACAACGUGAUAAACUACAGUCAACGAGGAGGCAUUAGCGUCGUGACGGAGAAGCAAACGCGAACGUCACGUCUUCUGAUCAGCAAAGCGCUGCCGGCCGAUUCCGGCAAUUACACCUGCGCGCCAUCCACAGCCGAGUCAGCCAGCGUUCUCGUCCACGUGCUCAAUGGGGAGCAUCCGGCGGCCAUGCAGCACGGGAACUCCAGCAACAGCGGCGCGGCCACGAGGACGCUGGCGUUGCUCCUGUUGCUCUUGCACGCCGGCUCCUUCGCGAGGUGACUGGUCGAUCACGAGGAGCUGCUGCAGUGAGAGAGUAUGGCCGACGAUAGUUUCACCCAGCCGAUCGAGACGGGUGGUGCGAAGGGGAGACCAGGGGGAGACCACGGAGCACCAUCCGCGCUAACCACCUGCCGGACUCCAUAAAUCAGCCGGAUCUUUUUUUUUCCCACACCGCGAUCGACUCGCCGGAGCGGGGGUGUGCGCGAAGAGAGGCGAGAAGCACGGGCGACGCAACGGGGGUUGUGCGGCAGAGUGCGGCUCCCCUCACUCGCUUCCGGAGCUUCCUCACCGGGCCGGUUGACUUUUCACCCUCGAGCAGCCCUCGUGUAGUUCGCGGGACUCGUCGUCAACGAUCGAUUCCCGUGGUGAACGUUUCUUUUCUGCGAGAGAUCGGCGAACGAGCGUGCUCUCACAAGGCGCUCGCGGAGAAUCGGGGAGCACACGCUCGAGCGGAUGACGACGGAGACGAGCGAGGCGCGCCCAGGACCAACAGAAGCGGGCUUCAGCCUCCCGGGUAUGAAGCGACGUGACGCGUCUUCCACGAGAACGAAUGACUUCUCUCUCUCAUGCCGACGGUCGCGGGGACGGAAUUAGCAUUUCUUUUCCCCGAGCGGGCGCGCGAGUAGAGACGUGGAGAGAUCUAUCUAUCUGUCUAUCGAGGGAACGCGGCUGACUUUGAACGCGGAGAGCCCGCAGAGGUAAGAACCAAUGUGUUUUCGUGUGCUCGGCCCGGGCCAGCGUGACCCAGAUACGCCGCGGCAAAACCGCCGCGUGGAAUUCCACUCAAUUUCUAGUCGCCGGAUGCGGUGCCGCUUCUUCCGCGGAGAACAAAUAUUUUGAGGUUCGCAGUACCGGCAGACGCAAACUUUCAGAUGUAUGUAUGUACGUAGCCACCCUCCUUCCCCCCCGUCCCCCUUCUUCGUGUCGCCGUGUCAUACGAAUGUCUCGUAAGCCGCGCCGGAUGCGCGUCCCGAGAAUCCGCUGAAACUUUCCGUCACUGGCUCUCUCCCUUUCUCUCUCUCUGUCUCUCUUUUCAAUGCAAUUUCUUUUCAAUCGGCUGCGGAUCAGCUCGUCGCGUAUGUCGCGUAAUCUCACGUCUCGCGAUGGGUUCUUCUCGAACCGGUGGACGGGAGUCGAAAUUAAAAUAUGCGUCCCGACGACUCUUCUUCCUUUUCCACGAAAUUCGAUGCGACGGAUGUAAUCGCCUUGCGCCGCGUAAUAAGCGGCGAGUGGCUAAUUUCGGUGUCGUCCGCAGUGGGGGAAAUAAACGAGGCGACGCGGAGGCAAAUAAAUUUGUCACGCUCGGGAACGCUCUUGGGAGAUCGCGGCGACGACGACUUUCGUCGGGCUUAGUGCGUAUUUCAUUGCCCGGGAUCUCUCACGUGAGAGGCAAAGAGAGAAAGAGAGAGAGAGAGGGGGGGAAAUCUCGUCGGAUAAAUAUUUCCCUUAAACCGUCUUUCCACGCCGCCCACUCGACGGACCAAACGGAAUCGGCUACGACAAUAAUCGCUUUUCACGUAGCGCGCGCGCGAAACGAAAAAGCCGGCGAAGUAUCUCUGAAUUAUGCGGGCCGGCCCGCGCGAAAUUCGUAGCUCGGCUACGUGGGACGGCCGCCGCAGUUUCGCCCCGGCGUUCCAUUUGCAUCUCAGGACGCGGGGAAUUUACGAGCCCGGGGGUCGUCGAUCCCGCGUGGCCCCCGCGCCAACCACGAGGCUGUCGCUCGCGCUCUCGUGUGUGCAUGCGUGUAUGAUAGACUCGAUAAGUUAUAUAACUAAACUCUCGGCGUAGCCGUCGUUCGCGCGAGAGGGAAAUAUAUCGGCGCACGGUCGAUACAGGGCGGGUUUGAUGCGCGGUCCCGACGUAGCCGAGAUACGAUCUUGAUUAUGCGAACGCCGGCUCGCGCGCCACCAAUCCUGCGCUUUUAAUUACAGACGCCGUUUCUAAUUAAGUGUGUUUCUUUCCCUGCGAUCGAGCUCCGAGGUCGGCCAGCCGCGCGCUCGCCACCGCUUUUGACUUAUCCCCGCGAGCGUAGAACACGCCUCGUCACGCGGUUCUUUUUCACUCGCGUGUGUAUUCGCCUUUCUCUGUUCGGUUUCGUCUGUAUAUAUAUAUAUCUAUCGAAUCGAGAUGCAUUCUCCAUCCGGGAGGAUCGAGAUCGCAUCGCCUCUCGUCCUAAACUGGCCGCGCGCGCGCGCUCGCAGUUAACGCGACCAGCUGACGCGGCCGGAAUGUUCUUCGAAUAAAGUUUCGCCCGACGUUCGGCUGCGGCGGCCGGAUAACGCCGAGCCGGGAAAUAUAUCGGUGCCGAAAGUGACGGUGGAAGUUUCUCUCGGAAACCGGGGCCGCGCGUUCUCCCCAAAUGUUCCGGUAACGAUUAAUCCCAAUUACUCGAGAUUUCUGUAUCCCUCAGCGAGAGACCCCUCGAUACUUCAUCCGCCUCGCCAUCGUUAAUUACCUAUCCUGAGCGAUCCUAUUCCGAGUCACACCGCGACUCUCUCCGGCUGCGUCCCGCUUGCGUCUUCGUUGUACACGCGUAGCUCGGAAGACCGCAAGCUCUGCAGAAGCUCGAUUCAGUUGCCGAUGCGAGCCGGCUUCGAGUUCCGGGAGCGAGAACACGGCGCUUCGCUCUGGACUGCCGGCGGAGAAACGCGCGUCGUGCAAGAGAAAGAGAGAGAGAGAGAGAGAGAGGAGGGAAAAACGAAAAAGAGCGCGGACGACGAGGGACAAUGCGCGUGGACGGAAUCGCUCGUGUAACAUAACGUUAAGCUUUAAGUGACUAAAGAAAAAGAAAAAAACAUUCGUAUCGUACUGGUCUAUCCGUGUAUACGUCUCUCCAUAGAUCUCCGACAGUGGGUCGGUCGCGAUUCGCGGUAAUCCGAGGCACGUGUUCGCAAACGUAACAGCCGUACAAUAGGCCCGAUGCGACGUUAUUCCGGAUAAUCACACGUUACGGUCAUAUGCAUGUGCGUACACAUAUACAUGCGUACAUACUUACACACACACAUCACACACUGUUUCGAGUCGGAAGAGUGGGUUCGCGUGACUAUCGAGUCACGCUAGAGGUGAAGCGCCAAAACCGACAUGCCUUUUUGUGUUUGGGCUCUGAAGUCUUGCCGAAGGUGUAAAAUUAAAAUCGACACGCAUGGAUGCAAGCCAGAAACACUUCUCUGUCAAAAUAUGUAAUAGUCCUGCGAAGAUGAUUACAUCUCUUUUUGCAAGUCACUCUUUUUUUAGAUGUCUGAGGAUCGACGCUUCCGGCUAUGCCAGUUCCGCUGCUUCCCCUUUGAGAAUAUUGAAGCGCGCGGCAAUAGCGGAGCUCGUUGGCGGCCGAGCCGAUCGAACGGAGCGAUCGCGCGCGAUCGUUGCUUAGUUCUAUUCGAGUUUCCUUCCAUUCUUCCGUAAGUAGUGAAAUCACACGCCGGAGCGCGGACGUAACGCGAUGCAUUUUGCAUCGGCCGCUCUCCAACGGCUGAGUAUCGGAUUUUGCCCGGGUAAAAAUGGGUUACGCGUGACUAUUGAGCACUGUGCGCUCUCCCUCUUCCCUCCGGACGUUAGUUCGUUCCGAUGCCGCGUCGGUCUAUCGUGUCGGCCGUCCUAAAGAUCGUUAAUUAUGAAACACGGAAACGUAAGCGGGCGCGUAAUGGACGCGCUACGGGCGCCAAUGUGGCCCGAAGUAGAAUGCGUUUAAUUUUAUCGAGUCGCUCGUACGUCGCGAUCGGACGACUCGCUGCUGUGCUUUCGCUAUUACAAAUUUAGAUGCGCGCCGCCCUUACACGACCGGUUAUUAACGCCGCGCUCACUACCGUCGCUCGUGUUUAUUUUCAGAUUCGUUUCGCCGAUUGUUUCCCGGAUAACAACUAUCGGCAGAACAAACAGCGCGCUGACGUCAUGAAAAUUUGAUAAGACGUGUAAUAAUAAGACGCGGAGAGAGAUCUUUCUUCUCGACCGACGAUCUCUCUCUCUCUCUCCCUCCCUCCCUCCCUCCCUCUCAUUCCUUCUUUCUUUUUCUCUCGUCGAGCGAGGAAAAUUUUCCCGUUGGAAAGUGUUGCUUUCAGGGACUCGAUACCGCCUCGGAUCCGCGCGAUUAUCAGCGAUCGACCCACGAAUAGCCGUCGUACUGUACAUACCUUCUUGAAAUGUAAACGAUCGCUGUAACUCUCUUCGGCAUGACUAAGAACCACACGAUGUAACGCUGCUAAUUCACAUUCCUCAGGACGAGCGAGUGCUUCGUCAUCGCUGAAACGCGCGCGAGUCGCAUCACGCGAGACUCCCGUCGUCGAUAUUGUCGACGACCGCGCGGCACCCCGGAAGGAAAUCCCGAACGCGCCCUUUUCCCGCGAAGCGGGUUCAUUCUCCCGCUCAACGGAAAGGCCGAGAGGUUCGCGAUCUCCGAAACGAACAUCGCCGCGUUGCGAACAUGCAGAGUCGCUCGAUCGCCACGAUCACCUCGCGCCGAACGACAUCGAUCGUCACGGCCGAGAGAGGAGAAUUCACUCGAUAACACGCCGAGUUCGACCGUCAGUGUCAAAGGCCAGGGAUUAAUUCAUGAAGACGUGGCACAGCCUUGUAAAUAAACAAGAAAAAAAAUGUGGACAGAAGCGGAAAACAAGAUCGCUUGCGAUCGUCGCUGAAGUUAAACGGCUCGGCCGCGCGAAUCGGGGGUGUGCGAGAUGAGCGCGCGAAAACCUCCUACUUGGAAGUUUCUUUUCGCAUCCACCCGUUCUCCCCCGAUCUCUUCGCUCGCACCUCAACCCCGACCCGAGUACGAACGCAUGAAUAUUAAUCCCUUCCGCCACCGUACGAAGUGCGAUCGCGUCGCUCCGUCUCGAUCUCUCUCGCAACUGAAACUUCAACCGAGACGUCUGCGAUGCAGAGCGAAACGCGUUGGAAUUUCGUUCGGCUAGCGGGAGGAUCGGACCAAACGCGACGUAAUUUUGCGCACCUUUGAGUCCGCUGGUACUCGAGGUAUUUGAGGCGACCCCGCACUGCGUCCCUCCUACGACGAGAGGAGAAGGAAGCGCGCGCGAUUACGUGAUUGUAUGUUCCUUGAGGAGAAGAGUUCCGCACGACGAGAGACGCUCGUCGUCGUCGAGCACGGGAGAACAAUUUCUGAAAUAUCACCGCUACCGUCUCACACCUUCUCUUUCCCCCCGCCCUUUUGCGCCUGCCCCCCUCGCCCCACUGCCCGUGAGCUCUCUCUCCGCCGACUUUUCGAUUCUUUCCUCCCUUCUCCCCCUGUGCUUUUUUAUACGCCGAACGAGAUCUGUCCUCGUUAGUAUUUGUAAAUGGCUUUCGUGCACGCGGAUGCCGGCUAUUCCUACUCUCCUGCUUCUGUAUAUUCCGAAAAGGAUAAAAGAAAGGAAAAAAUGUGAGUGAGAGAGAGAGAGAGAGAGAGAGAGAAUGAAGAAAACGAGACGGACUCGGACGCGAACGCGAUAAUUGACUUCUCAUGCUUCCUCUCGAGCUCGUGUCCGAGUCGCGAGAGAGCGAGAACGACUGGUAGCGAGUAAGUUAACCCGAUUGUACGAGAUCAAUUACUGUUAGCACGAGCGAUCAGCGUAACGCUCUUAGCGACACUACUCGAAGGAUGUUAAACUAACGAAGUACCAUUAAUGUAUAUAUAUAUAAUAACGAGCAGUACCGACUUACCGUUUAUGUUGGAAUCCAAUUGUACCAGAAUUCGUAAGGCAAUUAAAAGAGAAGGAAUAACGAUUA